AUGGGCUCCAGCAGCAAACCUGCCGCAUCUGGAAGGGGGAAAGCCCCGACACCCACCCGAUACCCGCAUGAAGCAGACCACGUGGCGCGCGGGCGGAGAGGAAUGGGUCCGGCCUACACGCGGCCUUUGAGCACCGGCUGCCAUUGCAUGAAGCAUUACGCCGUGAAAUGGCGCAACACAGAGCCAACCCACAACAAGGCAAACAUCUCUGGUGUAGGGAGACCCUUGGCCCGGGGAUAUCCCGGCCACAUGGUGGUGACAGGUACCACAGCGGGAGCCCCCGCAUGGACACUAUGCUGA